CAAGGAAUACACAAUCCCAUGGUGAUUCCGUUCCUAUAACCCGUAGCAUGUCUUAGGCUAUUUCGGCUAUCAAAUAUGGGCACCUGAUACCCCGUAAUAAUAAGAAACACGCUAAAGCCUUCUAACCUCAAAGGAAUCCUAGAGCUUGACCGGUAGAUCAGCAUCAUCGCUAAUACAUCUGUAUCUCCAUCUCCGUUCCAUCUCCAUCGCUUCACCAACCUACACAUAUCACAUAUCUACACAUUCACCGUCUGUACUCCAAGACUAUACCUUUUCCACUAUCAGACUCGACUUCGUGUAUUACCUAGUAUACCUAGGUAACCUUUCCAGCUUUACAAGAGGCAAACCUCUUUGACGAACCAAAGUGAUCAUGUUCGACACAUUCGCAAGGCUCUUAUCGUGAGUAUACCCCGCCUUCAAUGGAAGUGUUGAUACAGAGGAACGAUACAUCCUAGAACUGUACUAAAAUUCUUCAGUUCUAUUCCUACCUUUCUUUUUCCAGUUUUCGCGUCCUACAAAGCUCUAAAGACCUCGGAUCCAGCAUUAUUAACACCAUGGCUUAUGUAUUGGGUGGUUCUUGCGAUUGCUUUGUUCGCUGAAUCUUGGGUCGGAUUCAUACUAGUUUGGUUUGCUGACGUCUCGUUCUCUUGAACUACCCAUGAAAGAUUCUAACAAUUUGCUUCGACUCAGGAUCCCUUUUUAUUCCUGGUUUCGCCUCGGUUUCCUCCUCUACCUUAUCCUUCCUCAAACUCAAGGCGCAAGGGUCCUCUACCAAACACAUGUCCAUCCAUGGCUUCACAAUAAUGAGCUCGCUAUUGACGAUUUAAUAGCCUCCGCUCAUGAACGUGCGAAAGCGGCAGGUGUGACAUAUCUCAAUCAAGCAAUAGAAUUGAUCAGACAGCAUAUCUUUGGUCUUCCGCCUAAAGAGCCAACACCGCCAUCAACACCUUCAGCUUAUUCGUAUACACAAAAUCUCAUGGCGCGCUUCAAUCUGCCAUCUGCUAGACCUUCGUUCCCAUCGAACCCUAUCGGGGGUGCUACUAGCACUGCAACUGAUUUUUAUUCGCUCCUUGCCUCGGCAGUAACCGCUGCUACCUCGUCCAACGCUGCUACUGGUGGAUCUGAAAGUCGAGAUUUGUCGAACAGUGGAAUGUUAAUCCCACCUCAUGUAUCUGGAAAUGAACGUAUAACCUUCAUUCAAGCACAACGUGAACGUCUUUCAAUACUUCUCUCGGCAUUGGAUAAAGAAGCGCAAACUUUACAAAAUGAAAAGCGCGUCCCUAGGAAUAUAUCUAGUAUGUCAUUUGAUGGCACUAGCAGUGAAGACGAUAACCUCGAUCGACCAAAGAGCUCUAUGAGUGGCAUGACCUCGAGAAAGAGUGAGCCUGAUUUUGAAAAAAUUGAUGUAGAUUCUGGGACGGAAGAAGUUGGGAAUCAAAGAAGAGCAGCAGAGAGGACAUCCAGUGCAAACUGGAUGCCGUGGGCAUGGGGGGCAAAGCCAACUUCUCCAACUGGCAACUUCUCCAAUGAUAAAGGGAAAAGCUCAGGUGUCGAUGCAUAAUUAGUGCAGUGACUUGAUACACGGUGUAUAACACAUGAAUAUUAAGAGGCUGUUUAAUUAGGUUUUGGGAAUUUGGGAUAGACGCAUAUUCCGCUGAUUGGGACAAGAGGAGAAUAGGAGCAGUUGGUACUGUCUUUUCAAACUGGCGCUGGAUUGAAUAACAGGACAAGGUAAAGAUUGACGAUCGCAAGUUUUGAUACAUUUACAAAUUCAAGUGAGAGUUUCUUCCUCACAAAACCCUAUUUUUCUAUUCGAUGAGAGGACUAGCCUUUUUGCAGUUCCUUCAUACAACCUUAGAAGGCUUUUUUAGUUCCUGAUGCAAAACGAUUUCGAAUUGCGCGAAUAAAUAAUUCAGGAUGGUAAACACAUAUCCAUAUUUCUAAAGCCCCGUACAUCUGAGCUAGCUAUCGUCAUCGACAGUAAAGGGCUUUGCAAAGCGAACAUGAGAUUGCCUACCUAGUACUUUCUAUCAUCGUCCCCUCUCCACCUC